CUUCCCCUUUCGCUGCAACAGGCGCUGUACAUGGUGCUGGCUGGGCUGAAGGCGGAGAUCAGCUCCGAUAUGACAGAUCUCAAAACGGAGCUCCGCUCCGAUAUGACAAAUUUCAAAAAGGAGCUCCGCGCGGAUCUGAGGCAGGCGGAGGACCGUUGGUACACGGUUUCCCCCGACACUGCCACUCUCAAGGCGGUCAGCGAUGCCCGCACGCCGCCACCGCCGCCGUCGCCGAAGCAGGAGAAGCAGCAACAGCGGUCGAUGUUGACCGCACUGCACGGCAAGCCGCUGUCGACGCGACUGGUUGCCUCAUGGCCUGGCGGUGGAGGCAGCGGUGGUAGAGGCGACAGCGCAGCUGCAGCCUCUGUUGUGUCUGUGCCGGUCAGCCGAUUGCUGGCGCCUAGGCUAGUGGCGGCCGGGCUGGUGGUGGCAAGGCGGGCGAUGUAGGGGAACUGCCGCCUUCAAGGCGCUCUGAUCCGCGCUAGCGCGGAUCAGAGCAGCAUGUGCGGGAUCCAGUGCUGGGGGU